UUUCGGUGAGGAGAGGGGGCGGGGCUAAGGCCCCUCAGUCAGGCUUAGGAAGCCGGCGAAGACUUACCUCAGGACUGGAGCUGCGGAGGGCGGGUGUCGUAGCAGCGGUGGCGGCGCUGGGGGGGUCCAGCCUCUGUCCCGCCCUUGACAGCCGGCUGUUCCGGCCCGGGCAGAGUGGUUAUAUAGCUGGGAAUGUAUGACAACAUGUCCACAAUGGUGUAUCUAAAGGAAGACAAGUUGGAGAAACUUACUCAAGAUGAAAUUAUUUCAAAGACAAAGCAGGUGAUUCAAGGACUGGAAGCACUGAAGAAUGAGCACAAUUCCAUCUUACAAAGUUUAUUGGAGACCCUGAAAUGUUUGAAGAAAGAUGACGAGACCAAUCUGGUGGAAGAAAAAUCAAAUAUGAUUCGCAAGUCCUUGGAAAUGCUGGAAUUGGGACUUAGUGAAGCACAGGUGAUGAUGGCCUUGUCAAAUCACUUAAACGCAGUAGAAUCAGAGAAGCAAAAACUCCGUGCUCAAGUUCGCAGGCUGUGCCAGGAAAACCAGUGGCUAAGAGAUGAGCUAGCCAAUACCCAGCAGAAAUUACAGAAAAGUGAACAGUCUGUGGCUCAGCUGGAAGAAGAAAAAAAGCACUUAGAAUUUAUGAAUCAGCUAAAAAAAUACGAUGAUGAUAUAUCUCCUUCGGAGGAUAAAGAUACAGAUUCUACCAAAGAACCACUGGAUGACUUAUUCCCCAAUGACGAAGAUGACCAAGGGCAGGGAAUUCAACAGCCACAUAGCAGUGCAGCAGCUGCAGCUCAACAGGGUGGCUAUGAGAUUCCAGCAAGAUUAAGGACUCUUCAUAAUCUUGUCAUUCAGUAUGCCUCCCAAGGUAGAUAUGAGGUUGCUGUACCCCUCUGUAAACAAGCACUUGAGGACCUGGAGAAGACUUCAGGUCAUGAUCACCCUGACGUUGCCACCAUGUUGAAUAUACUCGCAUUAGUUUACAGGGACCAGAAUAAAUACAAAGAUGCAGCAAACCUACUGAAUGAUGCUUUGGCCAUUCGUGAGAAGACCUUGGGCAAAGAUCAUCCUGCGGUUGCAGCAACUUUAAAUAACCUUGCAGUGCUUUAUGGGAAAAGAGGAAAAUACAAGGAAGCCGAGCCUUUAUGCAAGAGAGCUUUGGAAAUCAGAGAGAAAGUACUGGGGAAAGACCAUCCUGAUGUUGCCAAACAGUUAAAUAAUCUGGCCUUACUAUGUCAGAAUCAGGGUAAAUAUGAAGAAGUAGAAUAUUACUAUCAACGAGCGCUUGAGAUCUACCAAACUAAACUGGGGCCGGAUGACCCAAAUGUAGCGAAGACAAAGAAUAAUUUGGCAUCCUGCUACCUGAAACAAGGCAAAUUUAAACAAGCAGAAACUUUAUACAAAGAGAUCCUUACUCGUGCCCAUGAAAGGGAAUUUGGCUCUGUGGAUGAUGAAAACAAACCCAUCUGGAUGCAUGCUGAAGAGAGAGAAGAAUGCAAAGGAAAGCAAAAAGAUGGCACAUCUUUUGGAGAGUAUGGAGGCUGGUAUAAAGCUUGCAAAGUUGAUAGCCCAACAGUCACAACUACCUUAAAGAAUCUUGGGGCACUUUACAGACGUCAAGGCAAAUUUGAAGCUGCUGAAACAUUAGAAGAGGCAGCAAUGAGGUCCCGCAAACAGGGCCUUGACAAUGUUCACAAACAGAGGGUUGCAGAAGUCCUUAAUGACCCAGAAAGUAUAGAGAGAAGGCGAAGCCGGGAGAGCCUCAAUGUUGAUGUGGUAAAGUAUGAGAGCGGCCCUGAUGGAGGAGAGGAAGUGAGUAUGAGCGUAGAGUGGAAUGGGGAUGGCACUGGAUCUCUAAAACGCAGUGGUUCCUUUAGCAAACUACGUGCUUCAAUUAGACGCAGCAGCGAGAAGCUGGUUAGAAAGCUGAAGGGAGGAAGUUCACGAGAGAGUGAACCAAAGAAUCCUGGCAUGAAGCGUGCCAGUUCACUGAAUGUUCUUAACAUGGUUGGCAAGGCAACUGAAGAUCACAUUCAAGGACGAACUAAUUGUCUGACAGACUCAAGAGCUCUGAGUGCCAGUCACACUGAUUUGGCCCACUGAGGUAGUGGGACUGAUGCUAGCUUAAAAAAAAAUCCCUUGUGAGUUAUGAAGCACUGAGGUUCACAGUUUUCUGGGUUCCCCAUCACUGUCUUUGUAGAACUGUGUAAGUUAGAGACUUCAUUGGAUGGACUCGUGUUUCUAGACCUUAAAGGAAGUGGCAUUGUCAAGAAUCCUAGCAAUAAGGACUAGCUUCUUUAUGAGAAAUACUCAUUGUUGCACCAUUGCAAGUUACCUGGAAUUAUGUUACAGAUAUAAUUAUUGAGGUGUUCCGAAAGCAGAGGAGGGGGAACCUACAAAAUAGAAAAUGUACUGAAAUCUAAGAGUACAAAUGCAUUUUGGGACAUAUGCUGUUCUAAAAACUGUUACAAGGAGUGUGUGUUAGUAGCUAUUUAUAAAGUUUGUGGAAUGGGAUAGAGCUAUGCUAAGUUUAUCACUGUAUAAAUUCAGGAUUGUGUAAGAUGAAGGCUUGUUUGAUCAUGGACCUUUGCUGGCAUAAAUCACUAGCAAUUAGGGCUUCAUAGCCUUGAAGCUAGUAGAGCAAGAUACUAAUACCUUAGAAUGGAAUGGCUUUAGAUAUCACUUCAGAGUGUGGCACUUUGUAACUGAUCACUUGUGGCCUUCCAGGGCCUAAAAGUCAAUGGAAAUAAUGCAGUCCACGUUAACCUUUGGAAGGGAAGAACACAGGAAAUAGUCUUUAAAGCAACCAGCUUUUAAGUCUUUUGCUAGUCACUUAAGCACUCCAUUCUCUCUCCCUGCUGAAAAUCUUGUCAUCACUUGGCUUUGUUCACAAUGAGAAUAAGAGGAAAUAAAGCAUACCUUUCACAUGUGAGGUAGCUGCGGUGCAAAGAGGCCUUAUGAGGAACCUCGGUAUUAAAAUGGCCAAAGUGAAGAAGCCCUGCCACUGAAAGGCUUUUUCUUAAUUAGCCAUUUGCUUAACAUACACUUGGUUGACGCACUGGCUGUUUUUAGGGGACCAGAGUAAACUAUUCAGCAUUUGGUUUUUCACUCUGAUGGAAUGUAUGCAAUUUUCAAAUCUGUCUCCAUUUUACAAAGCUGCUGAUUGCAAAUCAUAGUGAUAAAGUAGAAGUUAAUUCAGUGGCCAGUAGAAGGAUAAAAUAACAUUAAUCUCAUUUAUGAGCUAAACAUGGUCAGUUUAUUAAAUUGGGCCACAGGGAUUCAGUAUCACUAAAAGUACUUGCUAGUUUUGAAAAUCUUGUUUUUUAAAAACAAGAAACUUUUAACGGAAUGUAUCUGAUUAAGGUUGGUUCACUCAGGUGUACUCAUUUAAACAAUAAGGAGGCUCUUUGUAAAUAUGAGAUAAUUAUACCUUGCACAUUUGUAAUGCUGGUCUUAAUAAUCUUCUGUUAAAUUUGGUUCUGCAUACAAACUAGUUUUGGAAAGCCAGUGGACUAGAGUAACAGAACCCAAACUGGAUAUUAAAGUACAUGCACUCCAUCUCUAAAUUUUAGGUAAGCCUAGGCAAUAUCAAGUAUCAUUAACCACGGUUUAUUUAUCACCACAUAAUUUUCAUUAAUUGUGUCUGCAUUUGUUAUGCCUGCUAUGAAAUGUGACUCUGUCUGCCGACAGACCUUCCAGUCCUUUGUCCUUCCAGUGCAUUUUCAGAAAAAUUGUACAUCUGAAAACCCUGUGGAAAGCUAAAUUCUUGAAAAAAUACUGUUAUAAUCUGGAUGUGACACCGAUACAGACUCCUGAUAGAAUUUCAGAUGCUUCAGGACUUGUUGACAAACACACCAUACUAAACAUAUUGUAUAUAAUAAGACUGUAGAUUUCUAUUAGCAUGUCAAAAUUAUUAGGCUAAUAAUUGUUUUUACAAAUUGGACUAUGCAUUAGAGAAAUGGGGAAAAGCCUCCUAGAAGAUUCCACACCAGUUUCUUUCUUACCAGUUUAAAACAACAUUUAUUUGGAAAAGAUGCAGGAGUACAGUUACAAGUGCAUCAGGAAACCUGCCAACAGGAAAAUUAUUUUGCUGCACAUCUCUAUAUGCCAUUUAAAAAAUUAAUAAUUUAAACUUAUCUGUCAGAUUUAUAGAAAUUGUAUAGUCGUUUAACCUGUCAUAUAAGAAUUAAAGAAGUUUGGUUGACUUGAAAAUAUGCAUACUUGCAAGAGAGAUGGGUCAAGGAAAAUGCCGUACUGCUUUCCAUUUCCAUCCUGAGUGCUAUACUAGUGCAACAGAGGAAGCAAUGGUGUAAUUCAGUGGAGUUGCAGCAGCAUUAUGUGGCAAGUGCAUCCCACUAGAAGUACUUUUUUUUAUCUGAAGCAUUUAAAACUGUGCCAGUGACUUACAAUGUACAGUGGUGCCUUGCUUGACGAUGUUAAUUCAUUCCAGCGAAAUCACUGUAGAGCGAAAACAUCAU